CACCUGUCGAGAUACCAUCCUCACAGCUUCCGCUUCCCACAUAAAACCUGACCUUUUGAAAGAUACCCAUUGGGAACGACGCUACCUCGAUAGUGGACACGGCCCAGAAAACGACUAAACGAAACUUCGCUUCUUCGGAAUACCACCUAUUUAUUUUUAUCAUCAACGUUGCUUAUAAUGCGAGCCAAAAUGCCGGCCCCACUGGAUCUCAGCAAAUCCAAGCUGUCGAUAUCCAACCCGCGGAUGAACCUGCGGCGGUCUGCCUCCCACCACAACUCCAGUUACGAGAAAAACCCCCUGUCCGCUACUUCGUCGCGCUUCAGCUUCAACCACCUCCUCUUUUCCUCGCCGCCACCAUCACCGAGUCUACCGGCCCUCAUUCCCCCACCCCGGAAAUCUCCCAUCCACCCACGACCUAGCCGUGUGCUUCGGCUCGCAUUCUGGUUUGCAUUUGCAGCUUUGCUGUUCUACUUUGUAACAUUUCCUUUCCGAAGCAGCUUCGGCGUGCCGAACUUGAACUUGCCGCACCUCAGCACACAUGAAGAUUUUGAGAUGGUCGGGCAGGAUGACCUGCCCGACUUCCCGACCCCCAUCGUCAUUGCCGACCACAGCGGGAAACACAAGUGGACUGUUUCAAUCCCCCCGAGCUACGACUUUCCAUUGUCGUUGAAGGAGUAUGGAGACAUGUGCAUCAAGUGCCGAGAGGUUGCCGCUCGUGUGAGAGACAUGCGCCAUCGGACCCACAUUCUCGAUCAGGACCCCUUGAAUCCCGAGGCCAUGGCUGAUCCGUACUUCGUCGAUGCGGAGGAAGCUCAGAAGCUUGGUUUUCUCCCAGACGUUGCCAACAGCAGAUGGCCCAGCAAAGGACGGGGCAGAGACGGAGAUUUGGUCGGAGAGAACAAGGACUCUCUGGUGGAGAAGCCUGUCUGCCAGAGUUCAAUGACCAUGGUUCUGGAGACGGCAGAUGCUGGGAUCGGACACACCAUUAUGCAGCUUUGGACGUUCUAUGGCCUUGCACAGAGACAAGGCAGAGCCUUCUUCAUCGACGACUCUCGCUGGGCGUACGGCAAGUACACCGAUAUUUUCCAAGCGCCUCCCGCUCCGAACUGUCGCCCUCCGCCCCGCCACCACAUGGUCCCUUGCCCUCCUCGAGCUCGCCAUCUCGUGGUCACCUCAGAGACAGUGAAAGAACUUUGGGCUGGUUCUCUGAGCAAACCCUACAUUGACUUCCGAGCCCAGGAUGGGGAAGCAGUGCGAGAACUUUUCAACCUGGCACACGAGGGCUACCGAGCCCUGUUCGAUCUCAACAAGGACGACACUCAGUAUGUUCUCAACAGGGUUAAGGAAAUCAAAGCAAAGGCACACACCAAAGAUUCGAACCCUCGCGACAGCCUUAUUGUUGGGGUCCACGUUCGCCAUGGCGACUGCCACCCGCUGGAAUACCAAUACCGCGGGGCCUACAUCCCUAUGGAGAUCAUUGCUAACCGCGCCCAUGAGAUCAUUGAGGCCAAACACAAUGAGUCCGGAAGAGAUAGCGUCGGCAACGCACUCGCCGAGAAGAAAUCGUUCGUUGUUCUGGCGUCCGACGACCCCACAGUCUACGAUUCCGAUGACUUCAAGAACUCCAUGCGUGCUCAGGAGCAAAUUCGUCUUGCAUCCAAGCAGGAGACCCAUAAGGCCACCCCGGACAGACAUGUCAUGCAUCGUUUCGAAGAUGAGUCCUUCGGCUGGGAGGGCGGCUUCUUCGCCGCUAUGUUUUGGAACCUUGGUUUGUCGUCCAUGAGCGCUUCUAAUGCCGCGACAGCUAAGAACAAACAACUGGCUCCUUCGGCCGAGACUCUUCGUCUUCGAGGCUACAUCGGCCGGGCGUACAUGAUGGACCUAGCGGUCCUUGCCGGUACAAGCGAUGCAAUCGUCUGUACCGUUAGCGCCAUGGGCUGUCGUCUGCUUGCAGUCAUGAUGGGAUGGGAGUCCGCCAUGGAAUCGGGAAACUGGGUCAACGUCGACGGCCCAUACGGGUGGACCGGAUUGUCCAUCUAAAUACGGGCAAAACCCAUGUCUUAACCCGUCAGGAAAGGGAAGGCAUGUAUGGCUCUCAGCGUCCGAGCCGCGAGGAAAAGAAAAAGGCAAAAUUCGCAUCACACUGCAUGGUUAUCGGCGUACGGCGUUCGAAGCGAAAGGCACAUAGCACGCGUUUCUUUAUUAUUUAUUUUUUGAUACAGUUCUGGUUUAUUUGUUGUCCCCGAAAAAGAGAUACCUCUAUAUUCGCCUCAUAGCACAAAAGCAGCGCAUUCUUUGAGACUAGCCUAGAGGUACAAUCCUCCAGUCGUUACUGCAUCAACUAAUCAUACUUGAAAUAUACCAACAAUACCAGGAAGCUAGCUGGCUUUGAAGAAAAGACGCUAACUAGCUAAAUCAAAUACAAAAAAGACACAGUUUUCAAACCAUAUCUGAA